GGUGCACAGUAUGCGACCAACUUUUGCUUCUGACAUCUCUCCCUAUAAUAAUGGGUAAACGAGGUGGGAGAAAGGGUGGCCGUGGCCGAGGAGGUGGCGGCGGUGGUCCUCGACAGGAUAACCGGACAAACAAAGCAGACAUCAAUCGACACAAUGACAAGUUCGAAGAAUACUACGACCAACUUGGUGUGGUACCGAAUGAAGAGCGGGAACAGUUCUGGUCGACCAUGAGAAGAGACUUGCCCAACAGUUUCCGAUUUACAGGUUCAAAGGCGCAUGCUCUAGCCGUACAGCAACGCCUGCGAGAAUACUACAUCCCCGAGAUCACAUCCAUCACAUACGAAGAUCGAUAUGUCGACGCUCCUCUACCGGUUGAGUGGUAUCCAGACCAGUUGGCCUGGUUCAUGACCACUCCCAAAAAUGUUGUCCGCCGAUUCCCACCGUUUGCAAAUUUCCAGAAGUUCCUGGUCGCGGAGACGGAUGUUGGCAAUAUCACACGUCAAGAAGUCGUUAGCAUGAUACCCCCUUUACUUAUGGAUCUCAAGCCUGGUAUGACAGUUCUCGACAUGUGUGCUGCUCCUGGCAGCAAAUCGGGGCAGCUGAUUGAGCUGAUCCAUGCUGGAGAAGAAGAAAGAAGCAAACAGGUUGCUUCGGCUACUGCUAAUGGUCAGGAGAAGCCGGAGGGCGAGGAUUUCGCAGACGAUGGCCGGUCCACGGGGCUGCUCAUAGCGAAUGAUGUUGACUAUAAACGAGCGCACAUGUUAGUCCACCAGGUGAAGCGAUUGAGCUCGCCGAACAUUAUCGUCACGAACCACGACGCGACGGUUUUUCCUUCCAUCAAGAUACCUUCUCCACCGGACCCGACAGGCAAGCUCGUUCAGAACAAAUACCUCAAGUUUGACCGCAUCCUAGCAGAUGUCCCUUGCUCCGGAGACGGCACAGCGCGAAAGAACAUGGACGUUUGGAAGAACUGGACACCCAGCAAUGGACUUGGUCUGCAUGCUACUCAGGUCCGCAUUCUGAUCAGAGCACUGCAGAUGCUCAAAGUGGGUGGGAGAGUGGUCUACUCGACAUGCAGUAUGAAUCCGGUUGAGGAUGAAGCAGUACUGGCGGAAGCUAUUACCCGCUGUGGAGGUCCGAAAUUCGUGGAGUUGCUGGAAACGAAAGACUAUCUUCCGGGACUCAAACGUUCGCCAGGUUUGAAGACGUGGAAUGUCAUGGACAAGGCUGGGCGUAUCUGGAACGACUAUGACUCUGUGCUCAAGCACAAGGCAGAUGCGGGUGAAGAUGUGAAAAUGGGACGGUUAUCAGAAAGCUGCUUCCCACUGACCGAGGAUCUGCACCUUGACCGGGCCAUGCGAGUAUUUCCUCAUGUACACGAUACCGGAGCCUUCUUCAUCGCCAUACUAGAGAAGAAAUCAGAAAUCAAAGCCAAGGUGGAGGAGAAGCCCGCCGCUACGUCAAAACUUGAAAAGUUGGAAGCGGCAGACUCCACAGGGACUUCGGUGCAGCUUGAAACAGCAGCCGAUGGAACGGUAGAGUCUGUUAAUGGCUCAACUCCCUCUGAGGCCGACUCCACAGGAAAGAGGAAGCGCACUGAAGAAGACGACGAGACUGGGCCUAUGAAGCGAGUUAGAAGCCAGCAAUCCCAGGAUUCUCCCGCAAAUGGAGUGAAACCGUCAUCCACUACGCCGACACAAAACGGUCAGGCUGUCACGCCGAGGCCCACGACACAAUCCUCACAACCUCCGAAAAGAAAGAACCGAGAUCAACCAUUCGAAGAACCCUUCAAAUACCUCUCGCCGACGAUCCCCGAACUCGCCCAGAUCAAGGAAUUCUACAACCUCUCCCCACGCUUCCCGCAGGAUAGAUACAUGGUGCGUAAUGCCCAAGGUACUCCAGCCAAGAACAUCUACUACACGAGUUCUCUUGCCAAAGACAUCCUGCAGGAAAACGAAGGCAAGGGCAUCAAAUUCGUCCAUGCCGGUGUCAAGAUGUUCGUCAAGCAGGAUGUACCGUCCCCGGAAGUCUGUCCAUGGCGCAUACAAACCGACGGUCUCCGUCUCCUCGAGACGUGGGUUGGUCCGGAGCGUGUUGUCAAACUCCACAAGAAAGAGACACUGCGCAAAUUGCUGAUCGAAAUGUUCCCACGGUUCAACGGCGAAGAGUACAAGAAUCUUGGCGAAGUCGGCAAACAGAUCCUCGAUAUGCCUAUGGGAUGCUGCGUGCUGAUCAUCGAGCCUAGCGAUAGUGAGGAAGGGCUGAGUGAGCGCAUGGUCUUUCCGUUAUGGAAGUCCCUGCAGAGUGUGAAUCUGAUGCUGCCCAAGGAGGAGCGAAAAGCGAUGCUUCUGCGGCUGUUCAAUGAUGACACCCCACUGGUCAAUUUGAGUAAAGGAUGGGUCGGACAGCAGAAGCAGAAUGGUGCUGCAAAGGGUGGUGAUGAUACGAUCGAUGUGCUUGACAAGAAGGUCGACGAACAGCUCGAAGGGAGUGCGGAGCCGUUGAAGCGGCGAAACAGUAGCUCGCCUGAGCCACGGCAAGAGGCGGAUGACGACGAGGACGGCGGCGUUGAUAUUGCUGCUGAAUGAAGCACGACGUUGAUAUUUGACGGACGUGCUUCAUCUCUGUCGAUGUCAUAGUUGAGCCAGGCAGGUCAUGGGGGAUCCGACCAGCCCUGGAAACAUCUCAGAACAGCCAAAGUGGCAAUCGGCGUCCACACCAUGUUGCAUGACGAGAUGGAUGGAUGUAGAAACGAUCUGCGGGUGAACUUGAACUUUGACCUUGACGAGCUUCCAUCCUCAUUCCAGAUUCUAGGGGAGAGAAAGCAUCCAAGCUCGUAAACCACAACUUCCUGCCCAAAAAGGGAAAAGAAGAUAAUGAAUGAGAUCUGUU